ACAAAAAGUCAAUGUGACGACAAUUUUAAACACAGUCCCGUAUGUCUCCUUCAUCUCAUUAUAAUGUUUUCAACAACCCACAAGACCAGAGCCGAGAACACCGUCUCUUGCUCUUCACCCUCUGAUUUUUCGCCAUUCAGCUUCCCCUCAUUUUCACAACCUUUCCAAAACCAUUCUCAUUCUCACGAACAAAACACCAAUGUUCAGUCAAGCUUCAACCCAGCAAAUCCAAAUCGAAGAACGAAAGAAAGAAACCAUGGGUUUAAUGGAGAAGCCACACACGAUUUUAUUCCCUUUGCUGCUCCGUAAUUUGGUAUCUUCUGUAUUGGUUUCCGCCGAUAAAUCACUUUUCUACUUGUCGGAACGAUAUAAGCUUCUUAAGAUGAUACGUUACCUCGUCGUCACUUGUUUUCUCUUCUUUUUAAAGUUAAUCCUUUCUUUUAUUCCUACUAAUUUACUCUCUUUAUCACUACAACCCGAUGAGAAUUACUCGAUUAAGACCCACAAAAACGAUGCUUAUGCCGUCGCCGGUGUUGGGGUCGGCGAUUCGGGGAUUUCUCGUGCGCUUUCGCAGUUACUUGCCAGUGUUAAUGACAUUCCCGUUAGCUCCAGAAAGUACGAAAUCGUACGGUCUUUGGCUGAAAGGUUGAUCGAAGAGAAUUGUAGGGAAGGUAUCAAGGCUUUGCGGGAAAUGAACCGUGUGGUUUUAUCCGCGGCUUUCUCGAGGACCCUUUGCCAGCUUGAAGCUGCAAUGGCCGAACACGACAGGGUCGGUCUUGAUGGUUCGGUGGCUAGACCGGUUCAGUAUCAGGUGGUCAGGGUCUUGCGGGCGGUUCGAUCGGUUGGGGAUGGGGUGUGGGGUAGAGCGGGGAAAGGGGUGGUAAGGGAUGUGAACCGGUCGGGGAAUUCGGCUGAGAAAAUGGCGGCUGAGUUGCUUUGGUUGGCGCAGAAAUUAGCUGCUUGUGGGUUUGCUGAUGAGGCUCUUGAGAAAUGGGCAUCGGCUUCGAAUUUGGCUUCGCUUUCUAUUUUGGCUGAGCCGCGUCUUCAAGGUUCCCUCGUUAAAGUUACGGCAUUUUUAUUCAACCAAGCGAAGAACAUUAGGGUGGAAGAAGAUCGUGAAGAAAGCAGCAAAGAAAAGUGGAGUCAAACAAAGAUGAAAAUGAUAACAUCGUGGCUGCCGUUGUUGUGCAGAGGGAGCAAUGGCAGCGACGUGCCGGUGCUGAGCAUAAGCGAGAGAGCCGAGCUCGAGAAGAUAUUGGAGGACGCCAUUGAAAAGCUAGAAGGAGAGGAACAAGAGCAAGUGCUUUCGCUUUGGCUUCACCAUUUCACGUAUUGCCCAUCCUCCGAUUGGCCUAACCUCCAUGCAUCAUACACUCGUUGGUGCACCACAUCUCGCAAAGCUCUUUGUUCUCACUUGAGUAUUUAGUAAUUUCGUGUCGUAAUACAAUUAUGGCUUAAUGGUCUAAUUCCUUCGUAUUUUUUUUAAAAAAUUAAUUAAACUCCUGGGAUAUUUUUUUACUCAAUUAAGCUCUUAACUAAUAAAACUGGUUAAAUAAAUUUUUUGACCAACGUUGACCAUUACAGUAUUGACGUGAUCAUUAACGGUCAGGUUAGCAUUGUAACGGUUAAUAUUAGUCAAAUGACUUAUUUGGCUAAUUUUAUUAAUUUAAUGACUUAAUUUGGUGUAAAAAAAUCGCAAGAACUUAAUUAACUUUUUAAAAAAAGUUUGAGUACCUUUUAUACCACUAAGCCUAAAAUAAUAAGAUCUAGUUAUCAUCCAAUUUAAUUAAUAUAAUGUAAUUACAAUAAAAUAAUAUAUAUGUUUAUAUCUUUAUUCUCGAAUAUUCAAGAUUCUUUUAUAUUUUUAUGGGUUAAAAUAUGUUAUUAAUUUUGUACUUUAAUAAAAUUUGAGUUUUAAUCUUUGUAUUUAAAAGUUAAAAA